AUGGCAAGCACAACCCACAACCCUGCUAUCCUUUUGAAAAGGGUCCUUUGUCUGACAGAAUCCUCACCAUUGAUCCUUUGUCUGGACAGUGUGGCACAAACAUCUAACCAUCUAAUAGACGAGAUCAUCCACAACACCAAGACUAAUUCCUCUUUAAAAGUUAUCUAUGUUGCAUUUGAAACGUUGAACAAACCGGACUACGCAUCUCACUUCAUUGAAGUGACAAACACAUCCUCUUUGACUAAGACGAUGGAAAUUAUUCAAUCUCAUUUACCAAGUCCAAGCAGUACAACAACACAUAAUAAUAAAAAAAUCUUAUUAAUAAUAGAUUCCUUAAAUUAUAUCCCAAACGAUAAGCUGGCUCAGUUUGUUUCCUCCAUUGCAUCCCCCAAUGCUACCUUAGUAGCUACUUACCAUAAGGAUUUCCCAGAGGUUGAAAACCCUGCCUUGGAUAACUAUCCUUCAUCCUUGGAAUUGAUUCAAUUUAUGGCAACAUCCGUCAUAAAUAUAUAUCCUAAAUUAUCAAAGUCUUUAGAUGAUGAAACUUUGAAAUAUGAAUUGGAUAAAUUCAAUAUACCUCGUGGGUUAAAUAAUCAGACGUUCAAUGUAAAUCUAAUUAAUAGAAGAAAGUCAGGGAGAUCAAUUACAUAUUCUUUCCAAAUAGAUUCCACCAAGCAUACUUACGAUUUAAUCAAAUCAGCAUUACAACAGGAUGAAGAACAACAAGUUAACGAGACUCCAGAAAUGUUGCAAGAUCUAACUACUUUCAACUUGUCCACAUCAGCAAAGCAAAAGAAGGCUAAGGAUCAAGUCUCAUUACCAUUCUUGGAGGCACAAUCAUUAAGUUCUCAUGCAAGUGCCAUCGUAUACGAAUACGAAAAGGAUGAUGAUUAUGACGAGGAGGACCCAUAUGAAGAUCCUUUCUAA